AUGGCCCGUUACGGCCCUGCAACGACAUUCACUAGGCCCGUUAGGAAGUGGCGUAAGGAGUGGGUCCCCAUCGCCGCCGCCACGGCCACGGCAACCUCCGCUGCUGCCUCCUCCACCGGGACCGUUUCUGUAGUCCAAGGUCAAAGACAAGAAUCUGCCAAAUCUGAUAAUGAGAACAAGGCCAAUGAUGGAGAACCUUCAUCUGCUGAAACCGAGCAAUCUAAUGGAAAGGCCAAUAUUGGUGAUACACUUAUGGAUGAAUCUCAGCUAGAUAAGAUCAUGUGA